CUACAGUAAUCCCUGAUAAGAAGGACGAAAUAAUUGAGGCAUUAGUCAAACAAGUGCAACAACUAUCGGUCAACUACGUCGCGGCAAUGGUGGAUAAAAGAAAGCAACAAGUACAACCGGACACCCCUGAAAAAAGACGAAGAUUGCAGCCUGAAUCGAAGUGGGAUAAUAGACUUCGACCUCGAGCAGAAAACGAACCGCUCUUAGUAGACGUUGGAGACCCAUUACAGCUAUGGAAAGAACAGAUAGAAAAGUUCCUACAAAACGACGCCCUAGACAAAGAAGAGAAGGAAAAGGCAGAAACAUUUUUUCAGAAAGAAAUAAACAUAUUUACCAAUAAUAUGCAGGAAGAGGAAAUUGCGGAGGCAUAUAUGGUUGUAGGAGAGAGUAAUAAGCAAGAAUUAGAAGAAGGGGACGAAAAUCGAGUAGAUAAAAAAGAAGCUGACUCGCCUGAGCUUAACGAAGAGAUAUACGAAGCAAGUGCUCGACCAACCACUGUGAUUUCAUAUGAAAAGGUGGGAACUGCCUAUCAAAAAAACCUAGAAUACAUGGGCCCAAGUAAAUCGUAUAGCAAUACCUACCAAGUAUAUUAUCACCCAGCCAAUUUCGAGCAUCUUGUGCUGGAAUUAUUGGAUCGUAGAAAAGCAAUCUACCUAAUGAAAUACCAUGGGUUUAACCUAGUAGCGUUAGAACCCAAAAAGUUGUUAAAAUUGAGGGAUUGGAUAACUGCUGGGACCAAACAAGAGUUAAUUAGAAGAGGAUACUUACAUGACACAGGAAUUGACCUAGGAUAUAUGGAACUGCUGAAUAUCCAAGCAAUCGAGGCCGAAAGAGCUGCCAACCAAAGAAACAAAGAAAGGAAAAACAAAAGGGACCCGGAAAUUAUAGAUGAACUGCCAAAAAGACGAAAGACUUUUAAAGAAGAUCAAGAUAAAAAUUCGCAGAUCGGCAAAAUCCAAUCUUAUAUACCCGAAAUGGUUAGAAGUUUAAUUACGUUGGAUGAAAUUGUCGAUGACAUCACUCGAUCGGAACCUGUUGAAAUAACCCCGAUGCCGCCGCCCUACAAUGGCUCACAUGAUCUGGCGAACCGUGUAUCUUUGACAUGUCCACUACUUACUCGAUCUAUUCGGUUACGGGAAAGAAUCAACAUCUUGGUAUACUCCUACUACUUGGGAGCGAUCUUUGCAGAAGCGACUCCAGCACAGAAGAGAUUACUUCGUGAAAUAGUUACACCCUACUAUUACACCGUCGCUCUAAAGGUUUAUGAUGUCUUCGUAGUUGUCGGAAUGGACCAAAUAUACCACACUACGAGAGUAACCUACCAGGAUCUUAGAGUUUUAAGCAUUGACGACUUAAAGCGAGUUAACAUGAGAAGCUCGUGGAACUCGCCUUUAAACGGGGGCGAAAUGUGA